CGUCAAAUCCAACAUGGCGGCGCCCCUCACCGUAGACGGAGUGGAUUCAAGCGGCGGGGAACCGGGGCUGAUUCUCACCGAUUCCUCCGGCGGGGAGCAGAGGCGACCUCAGUUCGGGACUCGAUUCCUGACGGACCCACGGCAGGUCUUCCAGCACAACGCCUGGGACAACGUGGAGUGGACCGAUGAGCAAGAAGCAGCCGCUAAGAAGAAGGUCUCAGAAAACAACCACCCGCUGCCUCCAGAGAAACAAGAGGAAUACGACUGUCGGGCCAAUGAGUACUGGAAUGAGUUUUACACCAUCCAUGAGAAUCGGUUCUUCAAAGACCGACACUGGCUCUUCACGGAGUUCCCAGAAUUGGCUCCACAGUGCAGCAUAAACCACAAAUCCCAUCCAGAGGACCAUCGGGAUCAGAAACUGUGCAAGGAGUUUGCAGCUUUGUCUCACUCCGAUGAAGAAUUUCCUGGUUCCUCUGCCACGUAUCACAUUCUGGAGGUUGGCUGCGGUGUGGGGAACACAGUUUUCCCAAUUCUGAAGACCAACAAUGACCCAGGACUCUUUGUUUACUGCUGUGAUUUCUCCAGCACUGCUGUGGAGUUAGUGAAGACUAAUCCAGAGUACGACCCCGGGCGCUGCUUUGCCUUUGUUCACGACUUGAGUGAUGUAGGAGCCAAUUACCCCGUCCCUGAUGGAAGCCUUGAUGUUAUAGUGCUAAUCUUCGUGCUAUCAGCAUUGCAUCCCAACAAGAUGCAGGAAUCCAUCAGCAGAUUGGCUCGACUACUGAAGCCUGGAGGGGUGAUGUUGCUCAGGGACUACGGACGCUACGAUAUGGCACAACUCCGCUUCAAGAAAGGAAGGUGUCUGUCAGAAAACUUCUAUGUCCGCGGUGACGGAACACGAGUUUAUUUCUUUACACAAGAUGAGCUUAACGAGCUGUUCACUGAGGCCGGGCUGGAGAAAGUGCAGAACCUUGUGGACAGAAGGCUGCAGGUGAACCGGGGGAAGCAGCUCACCAUGUACAGGGUCUGGAUCCAGUGCAAAUACAGGAAACCUCUGGUUCAGUCUUCAGAGACGAUGGAGGAUAAAACCAGCUCAGCUUGACGUUCAACUACAGCUGGACUGAAGGUGGAGCUAGGUUUUGUUUUUCAGAGGAUGUGUGGAAUUGAGAAGCUUUACUGUGAUCAUAAUAAAGGAGAUGCAGCAGGACGGUUACUGAUGUAAAAGCUGCCGUGAUGCUGAUGGACUCGUGUUCCUGAUGGUGCUGCACUCCUUGUUUCAACAGUAAUGAUUUCUCAUUUUCUGCUGAUGACUUCUGAGAAAGGGCUGGUUCCCACCUGUACAGACGUUUCUAUGCUGCCGGAUGCUGCUUUUAAUUAACGGAUGUUUUGAAAUAAAUUGCAUGAUUUUUAAGAAAA